UGGGGAAAGCUCAAGCAUGUGACUCUGAGGCUGCUGCUCACAUUACAUCACUGCAACUUCAGCAGCAGCUCCAAGAAGUAAAUAUUAAGUGUUAGCUGUGCUCAGCCGGUCGCCCUCUCUCCUGAGUCCCGGCAUUCCUGUGCCCGUGGGACCAACUGGGCUGGGCCGAACAGGUCACUCCCUCUCCUGUGGGCUGUGUUAUUCCCGUAUUGAGCAGGUCACGUCCAAUCCCGGGGUUGCUGGCGUUCCUGUCCCACGGAGGAGCUGCAGGACAGAGCUUACUGAACCAGCAGGGCCCCAUUGUGUUAGGGGCUAUACAGACACACUGUAAAGAGUUCAUGCUCCAAAGAGGCACGUCCAGUCAGUUUUUAAACAGCAGAGAGAAUCUAACAGCCUUGAAGACUUCUGCAGUAUCACACACAGCGGUAACCAUGCUACAGAGAUGAAAUGAUAGGGAGUCUCGCCAGUGUAUCCCAUGGGUCCCACACAGCUUGCUGCACAGGAUCAUGGGAAAAGGGUGGCAAGUGUAUUUGAAAUGGAGGAGGAAGGGUUUUCACUCUUCCAUGGCUCGGAGAUCCCCCUCGAGCAUGCAGAAAAUCCACCCCUGAAGCGGAAGAAGGGUCCAGCCCCCAAGAUGCUGGGGAAUGAAGUGUGCAGUGUAUGUGGGGACAAGGCCUCAGGCUUCCACUACAACGUGCUGAGCUGUGAGGGCUGUAAAGGCUUCUUCCGCCGCAGCGUCAUCAAGGGUGCCCAGUAUGUCUGCAAGAACGGCGGCAAGUGUGAAAUGGACAUGUACAUGCGGCGCAAGUGCCAGGAGUGCCGGCUGCGCAAGUGCCAGGAGGCAGGCAUGCGGGAGCAGUGUGUUUUGUCCGAAGAGCAGAUCCGACUGAAGAAGCUCAAGAAACAGGAGGAUGAUCAGGCUCGGACAGUGGUUGUGCGCCCAAACCCCCCAUCUCCGCCCAUCACCCCCUAUAAACUGACACCUGAGCAGCUGGGCAUGAUAGAAAAGCUUGUGGCAGCUCAGCAGCAGUGUAACCAGCGCUCAUUCACAGACAGGCUCAAAGUGACGCCAUGGCCUCAGGCUCCAGACCCUCAUAACCGUGAGGCACGGCAGCAGCGUUUUGCUCAUUUCACUGAGCUUGCAAUCAUCUCUGUGCAAGAGAUUGUGGACUUUGCCAAACAGCUGCCUGGCUUCCUGGAGCUCACCAGGGAAGACCAGAUUGCUCUGCUGAAGACAUCCACCAUAGAGGUAAUGCUGUUGGAGACAUCCCGGCGCUACAAUCCAGAGACUGAAAGCAUCACCUUUCUGAAGGACCUGAGCUAUAAUCGGGAUGACUUUGCCAAAGCAGGCCUGCAGUUCGAGUUCAUUAACCCUAUCUUUGAGUUUUCAAAGGGAAUGAAUGACCUACAGCUCAACGAUGCUGAAUAUGCACUUUUAAUCGCCAUCAACAUUUUCUCUGCAGACCGACCAAAUGUGCAGGAUCAGUCGCUGGUGGAGAGACUGCAGCACACCUACGUAGAGGCCCUUCAUUCUUACAUUUGCAUCCACAGACCAAAUGACCAUCUGAUGUUCCCUCGGAUGUUAAUGAAACUGGUCAGUCUUCGGACUCUAAGCAGUGUCCACUCCGAACAAGUUUUUGCCCUUCGACUACAGGACAAGAAACUCCCUCCCUUGCUCUCAGAAAUCUGGGAUGUGCAUGAGUGACUAUGUGCUCCCAGGGCACUGACCUGCUGAAGUAACACCACCUCACAUCCCUUGCUAACAAGAAGCCAGCCUCCCCUCUCCAAAGCGCUGAACUAGGGGCUGGGCUGGGCAGUGCAGAGUUAUGAGCCUGAGGUUUCUCUGAUGUGAUGAGACUGUGCAUAAGGCAUCUGGGAGAGAUCAGAUGUUUUUGUAAUCUUUGAUUUAGUGCCUCCUAGAAAUGGGAUCAUGUGUGAAACACCUGAAAAUGGUAGAGAUGAACAUCUCACCCCAAAUGUUUCUUUAAUGUCUGUCUUUUUUCUAAGUAUGUGUUCUGGGGUUUUGCCCCACCUUCUUUUCCCUUCUCAUUGAUUCUGAAAGUGAAUUUGCAGGAACUUGUUAAACGUUCACUGAGAGCAUCCUAGCCCCAAAGGCUUCCCCAGGGUUCUUAGGCAGGGUUCCCUGUGUAUGUGGACUUCAGGAACUCAGGGAAGCUUAUAUGGAUGUGCUGAGGGUUUUCUUGUAUUCCUGUAUUUAAAGUCUCUAUGAUGUGCUGCCCUUCACAAAGAUUCCCAGAGAAGAGGCUGUUGGUCGCAUUCCCUCUUUGUGAAGCUUCAUUUCUAGAGCUGUCCUUUCAUUCUGGCCCUCCUUGGGCAAGUAGAUCCCUGGAAUGUGCAGUGCCAUUUACUGAAAGUUAUUCUGUGGACAUCUUGUAUGUACCAUAGAGAAACCAUGGAUCAUUUAGCUGUUUUUUUAAAACAAGAUUGCCUAUCAUUAUAGUAUCUUUUGGUUUGCUAGCAGGUGAAAGCAAUAAACCAUGGAAUAGAUUUUGUGUUGAGGUUUGUGGAGGAGAAGAGAGAGGAAUGGAAGCAUCAAUGUCUGG